CGGCGCGCGCGCGGCCGGAGGACUAGACCGGACACACCAGAGGGAUUUUCUCUCUUUAUCUCUCUCUCUGUCUCUGCCGCCGUGUUACUCCUGAGGAGCCGCACUGUCCUGUGUUUGUUCCUGUUGGUUGAGUUCUAUAAGUGUGUGUGUACAGGUGUCGGGGUUUUUUUUGGAGUUGCGCACGGGAGUGUAUCGUUUCCAUAGAGACACGGAUUCCCCCCCCUUUUCUCCUUAACUUUGGAUAUCUCCACCGAGCCUCGGGACGCACGUGCCAUGCGGAUACGCACGUGAGAAGCGGACGACGACACGCUCGCGCCACAUGAGCGACGCGCCCUCGCCGUCUGGAGUCGCGCGGACACCGAGUCCUCCCCCCACCGGCGCCUCGCACCCCGACCGCGACCCUCGCGCGCAGGCUCGCGCCCCGCCGCUACCUCUCUCGGAUCCGGUGCGUCACGCGAAGCGGCUUCCCGUCCGGAUUCUCCAAAUGCUGAGCGCGCGCGCCGCUCACAUGCUCCACGCGGACUACCUGCAGCCGCUCAGCUCCGCGCCCCUGGCCAUCGAGCUGGAUGCUAAGAAGAGUCCGCUAGCUCUGCUGGCUCAGACGUGCUCCCAGAUCGGCAAGCCAGACCCUCCUUCGUCCUCUAAGCUAGGCUCGCUCUCGUCUGGCAGCUUAGGAGACAAAGAUGGCCGGUCGACUAGUUCGGGCCUUAAAUCAGCAGAGCAGCAGCAGCAGGGCCUGGAGGAUAAAUCCAGUUUCAAGCCCUAUUCCAAAAACGGCUCGGAAUGCCGGAAGGAGGGAGUCGUGUUAGGUGGGUCAGCCGACAAAUCUGGAUUCAGGACUGCUGCUGGAAGUUCAGCUACCACAACGUGUCCAUCGUUCUCUCCUCACACCUCGUCUCCAAGGACCUGCUCGCCAUCCCAGCAUGUCCAAGGGCAGGUACAUGUGCAUCGCCAGACGCAGUCUCCGUCCACACAGAAACCUCUCAGUGUAGACUCCAAAACUGGGAGUUCCGACUCAAGCACGGAGAGCAGCAGCGGUAGUGAUCGUGUUGGGAAAAAAGACUUGGAUAACAGCAGACUUGACAAUGCCCAGAUAGCCAACUCCAGCCAGGCACGCGCAAGUGUCAACUCCAGCAGUGGUAGUGCCUCUAGUAGCCCCCGACCGGAAAGCAAAAGCGAUUCCCAACCACCGCAGACAUCCUUAGCUAAUUCCAACCACGUUGCCCCAAUUUCACCGUUCAAGCCAGGACACUCCGUCUUCCCUUUGCCUGCUUCCACCCUGGGAUACCAUGGCUCCAUUGUUGGUGCCUAUGCUGGUUAUCCAUCUCAGUUCAUGUCUGGGUUGGACCCUGCCAAGUCUGGGUUAGUGGGUGCCACUGGGAUGGCAAAACACCCAAGCUCCAGUCCUUUAACUGGCACGUCUCCUCCAUCCUUUAUGCAAGGCUUGUGCCGAGACCCGUACUGCCUCUCCUACCCGAAUGCGCCCCAUUUAGGGGGAAGCAACUGCAAUACUUGUGUCCAUGAUCCAUCCUCGUCUCUCAAGUCAGGAUUCCCAUUGAUGUACCCUUCCCCACACCUCCAUGCACUCCAUCCUGGCUCUCUGUCCACAUCUAGUGCUUCCGGCUCUCUCUCCCACCCGCUCUACACCUACGGCUUCAUGCUUCCUAGUGACUCCCUUCCUCAUGCCUGUAACUGGGUCUCUGUCAGUGGGCCCUGCGACAAACGCUUUGCCACUUCUGAGGAACUUUUGGCGCACUUGCGCACUCAUACCUCCCUUUCUGGCAUGGACGGAAAGCUGCUGUCUGCCUAUCAAUCUUCCGCCCCUUCCUCAGCCGCUUCUUGCCACCUACACCUGCCGCCUCCCAGCAGCCCUGGGGCUCUUCCAAGCUCCUUUUCGCUUCGUGGUUCACCUGGACUUGGCCUGGCUCGCUACCAUCCCUACAGUAAACCCCAUUUGCCUGGAGCGCCUUCAUUACCUAUGCAUUCUCUCCCUGCUACGGCGCCAUACUACUCACCAUACGCUCUGUACAGCCAGAGAUUGGGCUCUGCAUCGGCGCUCGGUUACCCUUAAUGGACGUGCAGGUGGAGAGAAGGUGAGGAAAAGGUCAAGACGAGGACAGGGACCAUCCUCAAACAAGGCUCUAAGCCAAUAAGGGAGCUUUAAGGGAAUGGAUGGCAGUACCUCCGUGAACCGUGGAAGUUUAGAGCACAGGGACACUCGGGCAGGAACACUGUCGGAUUUGAAGAACCUGUGCUUCAUUCCUGAGAAUAAUAGAACUGACCCCUUUAAUAUUAUUUGAUGAUCAAAGUUUUAUUUCAGUUUAUUAAUUAAAAAAGUAUAUUUAUUUUUCUCUCCAGCGCUUGGCUUUGUACUUGGGAAACAUUUGCCGUAUAAAUGCAUUCAUUGUCACUUUGGUACAAGAACAAUAUUUUCAGAGAUUGAUAUCAUUAUUUCCACAAAACAUUUUUAUAACAAACUCAUUAACAUUUUGGUUUGUCACUUUUUUUUUUGUCCUUGUUUUAGUGAGUGCUCCAGCAAGCAUGACUUGCCUGACAGCCGGUUUGGUCUUGGAAAUUUGCAAUUUUUUGGUUUCCUUUUUUUGUACUUGUACAGUUCAAAAGAAUAAAACAUAAACAGAUGUGAUAUAUUUUCUAUGGUAACUGAUUCCGAAAGCUGGGGAGAGAUUACUGAAGAGUUGAAGUGAAUGGGGGAAAUGCCCAAUACACAAGUAAGAGUCCUAUGUAAAGAUGGUGAUGCUAUACAAUUAACAGAAUGUCUUAUUUUGUGAAAUAAAAGAAAACAUGAUUACA